CAGGUGCGCGCACGCAUACCGUACCCCGGAGGCCACUUCUACCUGCACCUGUAUCAUACGGCAGAGGACAAUAAGGAACACUUGGCUAUUGUGUUUGGCGACGACAUCCGCAGUGCCUCACUGGAGCGGAUCCAAGGCACGUGCGAGACCGAAAUGCAGCGCAGAAUCCGGGGUGCCUCCACCGUGUCCCAGAAGGAUCACAGCCAUGGGAUGGUAGUGGAGGAUUCGGCCGAUCGCUUCUAUUCCCGUCGUAUUUCGCUUAUUGAUGCGCCACUGGUGCGUAUCCACUCGGAGUGCUUUACCGGCGAAACUGUCUCAAGCGUAAGGUGCGAUUGCGGAUACCAGUUGGCCGAAGCCAUGCGGCUGAUCCAGAGGGAAGGCCGUGGCGUUAUUGUUUAUCUCCGCCAGGAGGGCCGCGGUAUCGGGCUGCUGGAGAAGCUCAAGGCAUAUAAUCUGCAGGAUAUGGGCCAUGACACGGUCGAUGCAAACUUGCUCUUGAAUCACCCGGCGGAUGCCCGCACAUACGGGGCAGCAAGAGCCAUACUGGUGGACUUGGGCGUUUCGAAAAUGCGCCUGUUGACUAAUAAUGUGGACAAGAUUAGGCAGAUUUGCGGUGCCGGUGCUGGGAGCUCUUCUAGGUUGGAGGUUGUUUGCCAUGUACCUAUGUUUCCUAGAUGGUGGUUGGAGACCGGAGAAGAGGGGGCACAGGCGGAGACUGGCGGUUCUGAGGAUCUUGAGGCUGACAAGUACUUAAGGACCAAGGCGGAGAGAAUGGGGCAUAUGCUGUCCAUGUCUGAGUCUUCUGCUUGUUUACCCGGUAUUAUCAAUCACUGA